AUGAGUGCUGCUAGUUUUGGGGAGCUGCACUUCAUUGAUGGUAUCAUGAACUCAACAAUCUACUGCUCUAUACUGAAGGAGAAGAUGCUGCCAUCACUCCGUGCACUUGGUCGUCGUGCACUUUUCCAACACGACAACGAUCCAAAACACACAUCUAAAGCUACUGUUGCAUUUCUGAAGAAGAACCGGGUGAAGGUGAUUGAAUGGCCAAGUGUCUUUGGUGCAGAAACAAAUGAAAUCCAGUCAGUGUCAGUGAUGGAGGGAGAUUCUGUCACUUUGCACACUUCUGUUACUCAAACUCAUGAAGACGAUGACAUACUGUGGAAAUUUGGAGCUGAAAUGUCUCUCAUAGCUAAAAUCAGCAUUGAGAAGCAAAUCUCCUUCCAAUAUGAUGUUCCUGAUGGGAGAUUCAAAGACCGACUGAAGCUGGAUAAUCAAACUGGAUCUCUGACCAUCACAAACAUCACAACUCAACACGCUGGAGAUUAUAAACUAGAGAUAAAUGGACCUAUGUGGUCAUCAAAAACAUUCAGCGUUUCUGUCUAUGCUCAUCUUGCCACUCCUAAAAUUACCAGAGACUGUUCUUCAUCAUCAUCUUCACAGCAGAAUUGUUCACUGUUGUGUUCAGUGGUGAAUGUGGGUCAUGUGACUCUCUCCUGGUACAAAGGAAACAGUUUAUUGUCCAGCAUCAGUGUGUCUGAUCUCAGCAUCAGUCUCUCUCUACCUCUGGAGGUGGAAUAUCAGGAGAAAAACAGCUACAGCUGUGUGAUCAACAAUCCCAUCACAAACCAGACCACACAUCUGGACAUCACUCAACUCUGUCAAUCAUUAACUAAUCAGACUCAACAUCUGGACAUCAGCACACUCUGUCAGCCAUGUUCAGAUAAGGGCAUACUCUUGUUUUACACAGUGCUGCUCUCUGCUGCUGGACCUCUGUUAACUGUAGCUGUAGUUGGGAUCUUCUGCAUCUGCAAGAAAUGUAGAAAAAUUGACAGAGAAGGCAAGUAUUGA